GGAGGAAGGCGCGCACUGCCGAAGGAGAGCUGGUAAACUUGUGUAUGACUUCUCUUAUGUUAAGAGGCUCUUUUCUGCAAAGUAUUCAAAAUGCAAGUCACCGUAAGAUCAAACAGCAGAUAACCGAAGUCAACCGACGAGGUCUCUACGCUGGCGUCAACGGUUAAGAGUUAACGUUCAGACCUGAGCCAUGUCACGACAGAUGGGAGACAGCCAUCGAAGAUUUCUACAGACCAUGAUGGUCAAUGGCAUUGUUGAUGAACAAGGAGCAAGGACACUUUAUCAGCAUUGCUGUGAAACACACAACACACAGUACGCUCCUGACAAACUGGAUGAGUUCAUUGAUACGAUCAACUCAAAGCUGCAGCCCAUGUUCAUGCAGAUAAGAAAAGGGAUGUCUGAAGAUAAUGGUCAACAAUACUACGCCUUGGUGAACAUGGCUGAGACUGACGUCACCAGAAUGUCAUCAGAUUAUGCCGACAAUGAGCUGGAGCUGUUUAGGAAAACGAUGGACCUGAUUGUGGGCUCUGAGAAUGGCAAGGCGUCCUCCACCGACAUCCUGAACAGCGCAGACACCAUGACCAGCAAAAAGCUGAAGAAAAGUGAGACAGAGCACCUCCUGAACCGACUCGUGCAUGACAAAUGGCUCAGUGAGAAACGGGGUGAAUACACCUUGUCCACCAGGUGUAUUAUAGAAAUGGAGCCAUAUAUCCGCACAAUGUAUCAAGACCAGGUCAAAGUGUGCCAAAUCUGUCACAACAUCGCUUUCCAGUGCCAAAUCUGUGAAAAUCCUACAUGUGGCAUAAAAAUACACAACCCAUGUGUGGCCAGGUACUUUAAAGGAAGAUCAGAGCCGCGAUGUCCGGCUUGUGAUGACUUUUGGCCACAUGAAAUCCCUGAAGUCAGACGGCCCAAGUCUCAGUCCAGGAGAUGAGGACUCAAGCAUCAAAUGUGUUUUUUUGAUGGUUGAAAUUGUUUAAAGUAUUUUUAACAUAGGUUUUUUAAUAAACCAAAUUGUUAUUGUAAAUAUCUUUAUUUCUACAAAUAUAAAUGAGAAUGUGUUUCAUUGAAAUUUAUUUUUUAUAUGUAUAUGUUUUCACACAAUCAUUAAAAAAUAAAAAACUAA